AUGCCGCAAUAUUGCUGUGUCCCAGGGUGCAAUAACCCAGGAGGACAAAAAUUUCCAUCAGAUCCGGAGCUACAACAAAAGUGGGUCGUCGCUAUCAAGAGAAUCGACCCCAAAACGAAACGGUUAUGGAGGCCUAAGAAACAUGAUGUUGUUUGCCAUUUCCACUUUCGAACAGAUGACUACAGAAAUUCUGGGCUAUUGGGAGACCGUUCCUGUUUGAAAGAAAACUCAAUUCCAACAGUGUUUAAGUUUCGGAACAGCAUUACUGAUGAGUCGCCUCGAGCGAAGCGGUACAAAAGCAGAGAGGAAAGUUCCAACUACAUAAUAGCAAAGGUGUCCGGCUACAAUAUAACAGAUGAGGAUUGUAAGUCACUAGCUUGUAGGAACUGGUUGACAGAUCAGGUCAUGGAUGCAUACAUCGCAUUUAUAGUUCAAGCUGAAAUUGAAAAGGGUAAACAGAUCACAAUGUACCCUUCACAAACCAUGACUGCUAUUAUGAGUGGUACUUUUUCAGUGGAAAUUUGUCGAAAGAAGCUAAAAGUGUUUGAAUGUGAAGCCAUAGUAGGAGCUAUUAUCAAACAUCAGCAUUGGACAUUAGUGAUUGUUGAACCAAAGAAGGGAUUGAUUUAUUUCUACAAUCCAUUGAAUGAGAGGAGGAUCCAAAUCAGGGACAUUCAAAGAAAUUGGUGUUUGUACAUGAGUGCAAGGAUGAUUGCUCUGAAUGAGCUGGAUAACAUGCAGUGGAAAGUGGAAACAAGAGAGCAUUCAAAGCAAACUGAUAGUUUCAAUUGUGGAGUGUAUUGCCUUAUGUUUGCUGAAAGACAUUUCAGUGGACAGCCCAUCUCGAACAUUACCAAUGCAGACUUGGACUUGAUGAGAAUCCGAAUUGCUACAGAUUUAAUGAUGUUUGAAGUGUACCUGACAGAACAUUGUUACACGGAGAGAUAA